CUUCAGCUCAGAAUUAACUUUCAAAAACACACGUAGUACACUCAUAUCUAAAUUAGAGAUGACCAUAGAAAUAUGCGUGAUAAUGUUUCUAUUACUGUGUUAUGCGGGACGUCCAGGACUAGCGGAGCACGGGGUAAAUAAAACCGAUCCAAAAUGUGCGAACUGCAAGGACAUUCAGUCAAAAUGUACCGUAUCCAAAUCUGGCUUGUUCUGCACAAACAAAACGGAUAAGCUAAAGGUUCAGUUUGCAAAGGGAAGACAUGAUAGUACCUACGAUUUAAGCGAGUGUGUACCGGAAAAGUACACCGUUACGGGUCCGAUUUCGGACUGGUGCUGCCUAUGGUCGCCGAAGAUUGGCUGCCAGCAAGUGGCCGGAACCACCUACCAAAACCAAUCGGAGUGGGAGAACACCUGCGAUAUAUGUCUGCAUUCCUGUAUCUGCGACGAGGACCGUGAGAAUGGGGUGGUCAAAGCCUCACCCUUCAAUGGGACUCUGGGUAUUCUGGUUCCUUUGUCGAGGUCAUAUCUACAGUCUUGAGAAUCGCUGCUUUGCAUAUCACCGAGGAAAUUCAAUAAAGAUGUGUCUGCAUGGGGAAUUUCGAGUGGCCGGUCACAGACCGAAAAACAAAGUGGCCAUUGCACUAAGCCAAGGCGCAUACAAAUCAAGUCAACAAUGGAUUCGCCACAGUUCCCAAAAGGCACAGAGCACAUGACUCUGGGCCAAAAGAAAGGCGAGGGAAUAGGAUAUUGUUUCUGUUUGUUUUGCCCAAGUACCAACAAGAACCAGUGUUGUCCCGAUAUUCAGAAGGAAAUAGGAUAAAGAGAACCAGUUUAAGAUAGGAGACCAGCAUUGGAAUUAUCCAGAAAAUUUUAGAAUGAAAUGUAAAUCUGUACAUAAUUAU